AUCCUCCAUCCUUCACCAGCUUCCUCUCAAACAAAGCACUCAUUCUCACUAGCAACGACAGCGUCCCAAAAUGAAGCUCUCCAUCACAUGCCUCGCUCUCCCUCUCCUGUCUAUCGUCGCUGCCGUCGCGGUCUUGGACAAGCGCGACCCGCUCCCUGGAAAAUUCACCCUCGAGGCUAGUGAUCAGGGUCUACCAGGUGUAAUCUGGACCGAAGUCCACUGGCUUACCGGCUCCGCCUACAUCGGAAACAGCAAGUUCAAUUUCGGUAGCGAAAAGCUAGAAUUUACGAGCGGUGGUGAAGGGCUAUCUUUCACCUCCUUCCACUCGAGCCCCACGGGGUGGACCGACUUUUGGAUCUUUCCGAGCGAGAGUCGGGCCGUGGGGUUUACCACCCCGCACAGCGGAUGGGUGCCACCCGGAGCAUCAACCAAGGGGUUUGAGGAUGUCGGAGGACAAUUGGCGUAUCAGGGGAGGAUGGAAUGGCAGGCCUGUGAUCAGGGUGAUGGGGUUUACCAGAUUUACUGGGAUGGUGCGUCAUCGGCUGGAUGCGUCCCUGUUGGGUUGUAUAUCAAGCCGAGUGCUUGUUAGAACUGAGGACCUGGACGCUGUUUUCAUUUUGACUAGGAUGGUAAUUGGGGCUAUGAUGGGCAGUUGGCGACCAUUGCGGCGAAUAAUUGUUGUUUAGCGAGAUUAGCUACGGGUUUGCGGAAAAAAUAGGAAUGUGAUUGCGCAGAA